UCCGCCAACACAACAACAAACUUCCGCUUCCGGUGCUUUUGUUUAUCUUCCAGUUGAAGACGAUUUCGGUGGAGAGACUCCUCUCUAAAUUGUACGGGAUUAUCAAGCGUGCAGAGCUGCGAUGGCUGCAGCGCCAAUGGAGAGCGAUGAACAAGCCCGAUAUCGGUUCCAGUUGGAAUUGGAGUUUGUUCAGUGCCUUGCGAAUCCGAAUUACCUUAACUUCCUAGCACAGCGGGGAUUCUUCAAGGACAAGUCAUUUGUUAAUUAUCUGAAAUACCUUCUUUACUGGAAGGAUCCCGAUUAUGCAAAAUAUUUAAAGUAUCCUCAGUGCUUGUAUAUGCUGGAGUUGCUACAGUAUGAACAUUUCCGCAAAGAGCUAGUGAAUGCCCAGUGUGCCAAGUUUAUUGAUGAACAGCAAAUAUUACAUUGGCAACACUAUUCCCGCAAGCGUAUGAGACUCCAGCAAGCUCUGGUAGAGCAGCAACCACAGAACAAUGCCAUUGGGAAAUGACAUGCCUUCAUUGGCUGUAUAUACAGAUAUUACGUACUGUUACAGAAUGGAAAUACUGGCGCCCAUUGGCGAUAAAUGGACUUGAACUUCGCAUCACUUUGUUACCCUCGAUAAUGUCAAUCUCUCUAACAUUCUGCAUAGCACGUGAUGUCAUUAGUGACGACUGAGCAGAUACUGUUUUGUAUAUUACACUACUUUUCUCCAGCACAUGAAUCUACUGUUACUGGCACACCAUGCAUGAUCCAAACUAUCUGCCCCGAAAGGUUUUGUUAGAAUAUUGGCCAAUCGUGUUCCGCCCCCUUUUUCAUAUUGAGGGUUGAUACGCCCGAAU